AUGUGCAGCGGCUGGCGGGUCGCAGCAGCGGGCGACGGUGCUGUGGACGGGCAGGGCGCUGCGGACGGCCCUGGCGCUGCAGAUGGGCUGGGCGCUGCGGACGAUGCAUGUGCAGCGGCUGGGCGGGUCGCAGCAGCGGGCGACGGUGCUGUGGACGGGAGGGGCGCUGCGGACGGCCCUGGCGCUGCAGAUGGGCUGGGCGCUGCGGACGAUGUAUGUGCACCGGCUGGGCGGGUCGCGGCAGCGAGCGACGGUGCUGUGGACGGGCGGGGCGCUGCGGACGGCCCUGGCGCUGCAGAUGGGCUCGGCACUGCGGACGAUGCAUGUGCAGCGGCUGGGCGGGUCGCGGCAGUAGGCGACGGUGCUGUGGACGGGCGGGGCGCUGCGGACGGCCCUGGCGCUGCAGAUGGGCUGGGCGCUGCGGACGAUGCAUGUGCAGCGGCUGGGCGGGUCGCAGCAGCGGGCGACGGUGCUGUGGACGGGCGGGGCGCUGCGAACAGCCCUGGCGCUGCAGAUGGGCUCGGCGCUGCGGACGAUGCACGUGCAGCGGCUUGGCGGGUCGCAGUAGCGGGCGAUGGUGCUGUGGACGGGCGGGGCGCCGCGGACGGCCCUGGCGCUGCAGAUGGGCUCGGCGCUGCGGACGAUGCACGUGCAGCGGCUUGGCGGGUCGCAGCAGCAGGCGACGGUGCUGUGGACGGGCGGGGCGCUGCGGACGGCCCUGGCGCUGCAGAUGGGCUCGGCGCUAUGGACGAUGCAUGUGCAGCGGAUGGGCGGGUCGCAGCAGUGGGUGACGGUGAUGGGGACGGGCGGGGCGCUGCGGACGGCCUUGGCGCUGCAGAUGGGCCGGGCGCUGCGGAUGAUGCAGGUGCCGCGGACGGCGGGCCGCAGCAGCGAGUGACGGUGCCGCGGAGUGGCGGGGCGCUGCUGAACGCCCCGCCGCUGCGGCAUCCGGAGGUGGGCGUCCUGCGCCGCCCUGUCUCUGUCAGCGGCCGCGUCGCUGCGACUGUGCUUGGCGAGCACGCCGCCGUGCUUCAGCCGCUUCGGCCGCAAUGUUGUUGGCGGUCACACGCGUCCGGCGUGUUUGCUAAACGUUGCGUUGGCGAAUACGAAGGCCAACUGGUGGAGUGGGGUUUGGCCCGGGCGCGUCGGCCACAGGCGCCGGACCGUAGAGGCCUGCACGUCUUCAGUGCUUCGCAUGUUGCACUCGGCGCCAUGAAGAAGCGGAGAAAUUCGUGGUUGUAA